CUUAAUUUAACCAACAUUGGUUAUAGCUUAAGCUAAUCAGGGAGACCUGUCGUCUCCCUUCGCCGUCAUCUCCUUUCGCCGUCACAUCUUCGCCUUCCUUUUACUUUCUCCCAACCCCGAGCUCUUUGCCAAGCUGUCGCCUCCAGCUGAGUUGUUGUCUGGCAAGAUGGAAAGACCAAGCGACCACUGGCAGGGUUUUGCCACUCUGACUCCAGAUUCCGACAAAUAUAAGCGAAUCCGGCUCCUCCUCUCCUCGGCAAACUUCGAAUAUCUGAAGACACGCGGGACAGAGUCGCGGAGGGGACAUCAGCCGGACUUGGCCCCGCAUGUCACUUGCAGCGUCAAUCUGACACAUCUUGCAUGUGGUUUCAACAAUCUGGUCCUGGAACUCGCAUUUUCCGACAAUGUGUGCUGGAUCGCUCGAAUCCCGCAUCAAGCCUUCGACGACGGCGAUAGAACCUCGAUGCUCAGCGAGAUUGCUACCAUGAGGAUAAUCCAACAACAAACCACCAUCCCGAUCCCUCGGGUUUUUGACUUUGACACGUUUGCAGACCAACCAUUUGGCUACCCGUACGUUUUCAUCGAGUACUUGGGUGGCCGACCCUUCCGAGUGGGCUGGCGACAACCAUACCUCACCAAUACCAUAGCAAAGUCGCCAAGCAGCUUGCAAACCCCGUCGAGAUCGUGCCCAUGGCCUGGCACUCUUCGCCUGGGCCCCUGGAAACUUCGCUUGAAUAUUUCUACAACCAGAGACAGGGGUAAAAAUCGGGAAAUAAUCGCUAUGCAUCCAGAUGACCCAGGCUGGCUGACGGCAUGUUGGGUGCUGAAAACGGCUCUAACCCACAUUAUCAUUGAGGAUAGAGUCCGAGGCCCCUUUCCCCUGUGUCAUCUCGACCUGCAUCUCGGCAACAUGCUCUUUGACAGCGAGUACAACCUGACGGGAAUCAUCGAUUGGAGCAGUGCCCAGGCUGCCCCUCUCGAGCAGUUGUCGGUCUUCCCAGAAUUUGUCACCUUCCCAGGCUUAUCAGACGACGAGAAUCGACCCAUCGUUGAGCUGAAGAAUCUCGUCGUCGAGUCUAUAAGGGAAAGGGAACGAGAUCAAGAAAAGAGACCGCCGCUGGAUGAUCUAGGGGUGGACACUGCACUGCACCCGAAUCUUAUUUCCCUUUCCACCUACAUGGCUUCUGAGAGUGCCGAGGUCACUUAUCGUCAGUACAUGGCUUCGCCAAGAGGAAGACUCUGGGCCGGCAAGAUGGUUGCGAAGCUCAUCUACGGAAAGAGUGUUACUUGGGAACAGCUGAGGGAGGUAUACGGCACUAUGCCGCUUUUCUAG